AUGGCUGCUUGGGCGUUUGCUUUCAAGCUUUUACCCUUGGUGAGAGGAGGGUUUAGCAGAAGAGCCUCAGCUGUCCGUGCGUUUGCGUGCGCUGCAACUCGUUCUCAACUACACAGAGUGCAGGGGACAAGUGCUUUGAAAGGCAAAGUGGACCGAUUCGGUGGAGUGACAGUGAACCUGGCUGAGAUCGGUUUACCGGCGGACAUCAGCGAAAGCUCAUUCAGCAGUUUACUGCAAGUUUCUUUGCUCCAGUGGAAAGCAGAGGGGAAAGUUGCAGUGUGGCUUCGAGUACCCAUCCAACUGAGUCGGUGUUCUGCCGCUGCCUCCAAUCACGGCUUCACCUUCCAUCACGCCAAAGAUGACCAUGCUGUGUUGGCCCUCUGGUUGGGAGAAGGGGAAAGCAGGCUGCCAGGGUUUGCAACUCACCAAAUUGGAGUGGCAGGUGCAGUUGUUGAUGAAUCCAAUGCAAAAGUUCUUGUCGUCCAAGACAGAAACAAGACAAAGAAUGCUUGGAAGUUCCCCGGUGGCUUGUCUGAUCCAGGAGAAAAUAUUGGUGCCACUGCUGUUCGUGAAGUUUUCGAGGAAACCGGCGUUCGCUCUGAGUUCAGAUCUCUGCUCAGCAUCCGCCAACAGCACAACCACCCCGGCGCCUUUGGCAUGUCGGACAUGUACAUCAUCUGCCGACUCAGCCCACUCACCUACGACAUCAACUUCUGCACUCAGGAGUGUCUGCGCUGCGAGUGGCUGGACCUCGCCGAGCUGGCCAAGACCAACGACACCACGCCCAUCACCUCUCGCGUAGCCAGGCUUCUGCUUCACGGCCUGGAGCAGGGCUUCCGCAAGAUCGACCUCACCAUGGAGGAGCUUCCUGCUGUCUACUCUGGGAUGUUUUACCAGCUGUACCACAGGCAGCUUCCUCUGACACUAAAAUCCUAGCAAGCCAUCAUCAACCUGAUGGGGUAUAUAGCAUAUCAUGGCUAGCUAUGUUGACACAUGGAUGUCAGUAUUACUCAUAUUUAAAGUGUAUUUAUUACUUGAACUAUGUUUGCAGUGUGUUUCACACACUAACUGUUACUGUUGAAGAAAUGCGGUGCAAUAGGCUGUGAACUACAAGAACAUUCACUUUGUGGUUUUUAAAGAAAUAUGCCACUGUAGUACCUGCAAUACUGCAGAGUUUAAUACGGUUUAUUUAACACAUUUUUAGCGGCCAUGUUGGAAGUCUACAGCUGUUGGGCAAUAGUGGCUGCCAGCAGCUGAGUUCAUUUUUAAAGGUACUGUUCUAAAUUCUGCUGUAUUUUUUAACUGUGACUGGUUCAUUUUGUGACCAGUAUUGAGAUUUCAGCUUGUUAACAAGCUAACCACCAGUGUCAGCUGACCAUAUACUGGCAGAAGCUAACGUUAGUGGCUAGUAGUUGCUAUAUUGAUAUUGGCUGCCUUGUUAAAUUAGCCUACUGACUGGUCAAAAAAGUCUAAAUCAUCUUUUUGUAAGUUAACUGCAUGUCUGUCGUUGAAUUAAACAUCAUUCACAACAAUUAUCUACUUAUCUUAUGCUUAAGUUAUGCUCCAGUGCCAUGCAACAUUUGGACUUUUGCACAAAUCUCAAAUUAUAUAUUUACAAAAGGGGAACGCAGUUUGAUCAGAAAAUGAAGAUAAGCUCAGGAAACCUGUUUGUUACAUUAAGUGUGCCACGAUACUGAGUAGUGUGAAAGAUUUGUAUAAAACUAGAAGUAGUGCUUGGGUUUUGAUUUUAGUGUGCUUAGUGUGCUUAAUUUUUAUUUUGUCAAACAACAUUUUGUAUCACAAGAUCAGAAAUUCUAUUCAGCAUUCAGUUAUUUAGUUCAAUCCCUUUUCCUCUGUUAUCUUCAAGUUACAAUAUGUAGGAUUUGAGUGCAUUUCCUUAAAACAUGUAUCCUAGAUAAAAAGAGUUAACAGAAUAUUCUUCUAUAUGUUCCUGCAGCUAAACUCAGACUUGCACACUCAGAAGCUGUAGAAACGGUAGGAAGCAGAUUUGGGAUUAAAAGGUUGCAGCUUUGAAUCCCUCAGCCAGAGAGGGAAGAUCUGUAUAGGUAAAAUGAACGAAUAAUGCUCUGCUGCUGUACUGUAGGGGUGCACUUGAGCAAGGCACCUGGCUCCAGAUGCACUAGUGUAGCAGUUGGUUGGUCCACACUAAAAGCCUGGUUUGACUGCGAAGUAGCCAGGAGUGAAUGUGUGACACUAUUUGAAAGUGAAGCUGAAUGAGCAGACAUGUUCAGGAUAAAAAAUAACUCUUAGGAUAUAACAGUCAGAAAGCAUCACAGCUGUUUUGGGCAAUGUUGAUGGAACACUUUGUCUUCAUUGCCGUCACAUCUUCUUCUUUGUCGCUGCCAUUAAGACGUAAAUAUUUCUCAACCAGAUCCCAGAUUAGCACUUGGCAGACAUUGGAAGAAAAAGAAUGGCCUUUUGACCCGGUCCAGUUUUGCUUCCAGACUUGUACUGGCCAGUCCGCUUCAGUGCCACGUACAUGUUUGGGUACUUCCUGGAGCGGUAGGUGUUGUAGUUGUUGCUCUCAAGCCGCUCUAAGAAGUGGCAUUCAUCUGUUGCUCGUCUCUGGAGAGAAAAACAGAGGAAUAACAGAUAAGUUUAAUUUGAUUAUGAAUGUAUUGAAUUUAUUUCUGCUGUUCAGUGAGGACCAGUUGGGGGUUCAGGAGAUUUAAACAGGAGUUGGCUACUGUGAGGAUUAAAUCUGCAGACUUUUGCUUACAGGACAAAGAAUUACUGGCACACACUGCCAUCCCAAUACACAUAAAUUAGCUUGCAAACUGAGGAAAUGUAAGAAAACUGUGAAACAAGUCUGUAAUAUGGCGUAGGAUAGCCUGUAUGGCAGUGCUGUCAUCCUCAUUUAUUGUAUUUCAACAAAUGGAAACUGAAGUUAGGUCAUUCAGUCUGUACGUUUAAUAUAAAUGUUUCCGUGUUUCUUUGCAAAAUGCUAAUAAUCCCCUCUGCUUAUGUACAUCAUUUCUGUAUAAAGUCAACCUGAGGGACAUCUGAUUACUUGUAGUGGCAUUUCAUCAAAUACAUUAUUUUGUUUGGAUGAUAUUUGUUUGAAUUUGUUUAAUAUGUAUUGUUGGAAAAGGCAAACAUUUGUAAUGCUGACAUUUUAUGACAUUAAAUUACCACAUAAAACA